UCUCCGUCCACGGUCUUGUAACGGAGUUGUCCAAUCGUGUCCAUGGGGAAAAUUUGAAGGUAGUAUCAAAACAAACCAUCGUCCACGCGUCAACUAUCAUCAUUUCUUGCGCUGUCACAUGGGUUUCUUACGAUGACAAACAGACAGGUUAUUGAUAAUGGACUUAGAGAACAAGAAAGGGGAUUAUGCUGAUGUGUAUAUUGGACCAUACAAAGCGACCAGACUUUGGAAUGAUGUCGUAUCAACCUUUCGACAAGGUGUUCCAUGUGGGCGACAUCGCCGCUACAUGCGUGCAGCAGAAAAUUGCUUUGUUGGUUCUGCCGCAGUGGACUGGUUGCUUAAUCACUUGAGACAUAAUAUAAAUUUUGGUCCAGACGUUACAAGGAAACAGACUGUGCAGCUGCUCAACAAGUUUUAUAAGGCUGGCAUCUUUGAGGAGGUGCAAGUGUCACGACGAGGGCGCAACAAACAAGAUUUCAGUGACAGUAACAGACUGUACAGAUUACUUCCGCCUUCUCCUAGCAAGAGUACAAGGGCACCACUGGUGACUGGCCCUUCCACUAAUGUCCAGUCCAGUGUAACACAGUCCGAGGCCAAAGGCACCAAGAAGGAUGAAGAGGGACACAGUUAUGAUGCUGACAUAGAGAUCCACAAGAAAAGAAAUAAUUCUAGAGAGUCCGUCAGAGAAAAGCCCUACAAAUUGGGAGCACCAGCAAAGUCUCCAUUAGAUUCACUUCCACAGUGUCACUUGGUUGGCCGCAUCCUGACCUUGCCUGAAAUUGGGGAAGUCUGGAAGACAGCUGCUCUGAGUAGGCUGAAAAAAAUCUUGGGUGAGAAUGACCUGAACGAAGUGCUGCAAGGUUACAAAGUGGAUGGAAUCAAUGUGAGGCACAACUGCAUCUUUAACAACAAGAAUGGUGUUGUCACCAACAUUCCACCUGAAGAUCAGUUACCUCAUUGGGUCAUGUCUGCUAUGAAGUGCUUGGCAAGAUGGCCAGAAAAGGUUGAAGGCGAUCUUCCAAGCUAUCCAGGGUUUGAGAAGGAUGUUUUUGGAGUUGUGAGAGAUUACUUCCUUGGACUACCAGAGCCACUUAUAAGUUACAACCUGUAUGAUGUCAUCACAAAUGUCUUUGUCCAAGUUGGCAACCAGAUACCCCGCCAUUCCUCACCUUACGCAUCAGCUUCUGCAGACCAGAAUCACUUAACUCAUAGCCUGUGGUCUUCUUCAUCACUGGAAAAUAUUAUUCUCGAUCUAGCUCGCAAAUACUGCAUGAGGGCUGACAGCAGGAUUGACCUUGCAGACAUGGCUCACAGCCAGGCAGAACAGUCCCAUCCAAGUAGAGGGGAUUCAGAUUGGAGCCACUGCAGUAAGUCUGGUUUGCAUCGGUCCUCCGACUGUCGCAUGAACCUGUUCUCUGUCGGAAGCAGCUACAAUCUCCACAGCAUGUCAGGUGGAGAUCAUUGCAUGAUGGAAAGCCAACCUGACCUCUACCGCAUAACUAACAGCCAUCCCAGUCUCUUGCGCAUGACUGACAGCCAUCCCAAUCUAUAUCGCAUGACUGACAGCCAGCCCAGUCUCUUUUGCAUGACCGACAGUCAGCCCAGCCUACAUUGCAUGACUGAUAGUUGCAGGGACCUGAGCGGGAAGAUGAGGCAUUGUGGGAAGAGAGUUCAUAGCAACAGGCAUGCCUCUUCCUACUCCAGGUGUGGUGGUGUUUCAGCUUCAGCUCUCUCAUUUGCAGGAACAUCUUUCCCAGGUGGCAGAUUGGGGCCCUCAAACUUUAAUGAAAGCAGAAAAUUUCGAUCAACUCCAGACCUGCAGGUAACUCACUAUGAGACCGCUUUUGGGCCUGAGAAUCAAACAGUGACACGAGUGUAUUACAGUCAUGGUGUUUCCUCAGACUUUCACCAUGGAAGUUCAAAGAGAGAUCUCAGCGCUCCUGUAGAGACUCAUUUUGAUGUUGCUACAGGGUGUGGAGAUUCUCAAAAUCAUCGCACCAGCUUUGAAAGGUUUGAUGUUCCUGGCAAUGCAUCUAGUGGUUGCACAGAAACCUUGAGAGCUGCUACUGGGCGUGGCAAUUUGCAGACAGGAGUGUGUCGACAAGAAACUGAUGUACCCAGUAUAUCCCCACAUGCGGCAUCUCAUGUUAGCCAAAACUUUUUCCCAGGGAAGACCCGGACAAUAGGCCCAGCACAUCGUAGAACCAGAGCUGAACGUCACAAAACAUUUGGUGGUUCACAGUUUGAUUUUAAAGAGGGAGAAGAAGUUCAGCGAGGGAUGAAUGCAGCAGCAAGGCAACUGUCUGCAUCAACCCCUUUUCUGCCAACCAUUGGAGAAAAUGACAGCCAGGGACCAAAUUUGGUGACCAUAAGAUCAAAACUGCCAGGCUGGAGGAGUGACCAAAAAAGUUCUUCUAGCAAGAAAACAACAUCACUCUUUGUCCGAUUUCCCCAGUCCAGCCUUUGUGAGGAGAGGGUAACAAAGGCUCUUCAGGUUGUCUGUCUGUUCCUGCCGCCUGCUUCACGCCGCAAGCUGCAGUUUCUUCUGAAGCUCUUGAGCAAGAUGGCUGCAAACUCUCUUCUUGUUCUUGACCACGACCAGUCAACUCGAAGUUUGGUGCUGGGGACAUUCCAGAAGGCAGUUCUCUGCUCUCCUGAAGAGCCAGACCUAGAUGAGGUCUUGGUGCUACAGCUACUGUCGUUCAUGGUGGAUCACCAUGCGCACAUCUUGGCUGUACCCCAGGAUAUGAAAGAUGCUGUUGAGGACCGACUGAGAGCACUUGAAAAACCACAGAUUGUAUACUCGCCACGUGAUCCUGGGUCUUUGCGCUUCUGUCGACCCACAACAGUUGAGCAGUAUGAGACCACUAAGCAGGAAUAUUCCAGACAGGCUCUUUUCAGCUUGCUGGACACCAUUGUUCGUGAUCAGAACAUGUCAGAGAAGGAGAAAAAACGACGUCUCAAACAGUUUCAGAGAAGUCAUCCUGACAUUUACAAACAACGAUUUCCAUCAGAGGAGAGUGCCAACCCUCCAGAACAUCAGCCAAAAAUAAAACCACCUUUGCUGUCAAAACCACUUCUCAGGCUAAAAGGACUUCGCAUUUAAAUGUUUUUAAUGCAGUUUAGAUAUGUUAUCCAUUGUUGUACAAAGAGACACUAUGUAAGCCAUUUUUGAUUAUGAAAUUAAAAUUUUAUUAUUUAAAGCAACAUUUGAAAUGGAAUUUAAAUGGCUUCUGUGUUCCAUGUCUGUAAAUACUUUCCUUGAAUUUUUUUCUUGUUGGACAUCACAAAAUUGAAAAGCAACAACUCUGUAGCCUAAAAAAAUUCUGAUGCAUGGUCAGAAUAGUCAUAUUUUGGCUCUGGAUCUGCAUUGAGAAAAAUGAAAUUUUGAUUACACAUUGGCCGAAUAAGAACAAGCUCAAAACCAGUUUUCUUCUCUGCCCACCUUAUCCCUACAACUGAACCAGCUCUCACUUGUAAAUUAAAAAACAAAUCUUCAAUGAUGAUGCCUGUAAAAAACAUAUCUGAGAGUUCCUUUUACGGGUUUAAAGAAUAAAAAGCUUGAUCAUUACACUUUUAAUCAAAACAAAACCACAGUUCUUCUAAAAGUAGUUAUUAGUUCACUGUCACUUUCAAUUAUGAUAUCGGCAUUGUUGUGGUUUGCUGUAUAUAUUUUGAAAUUGUAAUGUGCUUGAUAAUAUAUUGGUUGACCUUUGUGGUGAACUAUCAUGAAAGUAAUACUUGUUUUGUGCAUGUUUGCUUUUUAUUAUAUGUAAUAGAAUGUCACGUUUUUACUUCCAUUCCUUUUGUAUGUGUUGUAUGUGAUAUUCCUUUCGAUGCUUCACUGCUGUAUUGCAAAGUUUUCAUAUUCUUGUUUUGUUGGCAUCUCAAUUGUUUCCCUGUGAAUAAACACCUACUGUUCUUGUCUUUCCGUGUACACAGGGUUUCGUCACAGGGCACUUCAAGACAGGUGUCUUGGGAAAGACUUUACACACCAUACAACUCAGAGAAAUUUCACAAUAGUUCAUAGCUUCAUUUAAGAUUUGGCAUCAAAAAAGAGUGUGGAUGGGACGAGUGCCUGAAUGGAUAAUGUGUGUGCACUAGGUUCCGGACAUUUCAACUGGAGUUUUUAUGCCCAAGGUCAGAGUUAUUAGGUAUGCUGCAGUGUAAAAUAAAUAUACGUGAUAUUUAAACGUGAAGAUUACAUGUUGGGAUCGUAAUUAGGCAUGCACUAUCAGGAGAGUUCAGUCAACUUCCUUUGAGCAGCCAAUUCUGUUCCUGCACGCAGGACCAACAAAUUAAGGCCGUCCUUUGUUUUGGCAACUUCUGAAUGUUUUGGUAUAUAAAUGAAUUCUAUAUGCAGAUCUGAAUCGUGUAUGUACAAAGGUCUGUCAGGUGUGGCAGGCAUGAAUGUCCGACAGUAUCGAUGCAUUGUGUGGUUCUAAGCUGCAAUUACCCUCAUCCUAAGACAUGACUGAGUUGUGACAUUUUUCCUUGGUCUUCAUUUAACAAAAUAUGCUUUUCAUAAAUCAAAAUGUGCGUGUGGGUAUAUAAGCGUGAUAGUUAAUAUAAGUAUAUCUUAAAAGUGCCAUAAUCGUUGGUAAGGAUUAAAAAAACUGCAUUGUAUACAUUUUAAUUGUUCAGCCCCGAUUUAUGUGGGCCGUGAAAUUUUUUUCUGCCACAUUCUCAUUAGAUCCUACUUUUAACCACUUCUUCAGCACAAUUCCCAGUUUUUGUGAUUUAAGUUUAUUUAUAAUAUAUUUUGUGAUUGAAAGCAUGCUUCUCUUGGUUUUUAAUGAUCUUAUGCUUUUCCUAUUCUGCUCUUUUUUUUGUAAAUAUUGUUUUUGAAGCUUCCAUUGUGACAGAAAACUACUUUUCUUAUAAUUUAAACAUUCUAGCCUACAUUCCAGAAGUUUGAAAAGCUGAAUUUAGUUGUCAGACGAUUUGAAAAUAUUUCAAAUGCAAAUCCUAUACUUUCUGGAUGCCUGGUGAUGCUGUAAGAAAACUGCAUGCCACUAUUGUGCUUGUAAUAAACAUGCCAGAUAAUCUUUAGUGCAGAAACUGUA